AACGUGGCGCUACGAUCGAGAUGAAAAAUGUUGUCGGUCGGGGCUUGAUAAAAACUUUAUUGUCGGAGGCGACAGUCGCCUCCUGGACAACGAGCAGCGCGCACAGCGCACAAUCGCCGCGAGUAGAGGCCUGCGCCCGACAGAUCCGCGCGGAACUGAGAAGAGGGAGGCGACGUGAAGCCGGGGCAUUGCAUAAUAGCGGGCGGAGACACGGCACCGUAGGAAAUGGGAGAGGAACACAGCUGAUUGUGAGCCAGGAACGUCGGUUUGCUAAGCGCCAGGACCGCGAGGAUCAUGCAGGGACACCCGGACUGGCGCUCCACCAUCGCGAUCACGUGUAGCUUCGCCGUUGUCCUCGUGGUGGUGGUGUGGACCGUUCGAAAGACCUCGAAAAAUUCGGGAAAACGGAGAGAACCCGAAAUCAGCGAAGAAAAUGAAACGGAAGAAAUAGAAGAGCCGGAGAACGUGGAGGAGGACGUGAACAGUGAAGAGGACUUGAAUCACGUGGUCGAGGUUACUGACAAGGGGCGUUGUUCGAUCGACGACACGAUUCCAGAAUUGCCUGAUCCAAAAUGGGAGAAAGUGGGCGAAAUUCGAGAACUGUACCUGUACCCAUUGAAAUCCGGACGCGGAAAGAAUUUGAAACAAUGCGACUUCACUGAAUUUGGCAUUAGUCUGAAAAACGAAGGGAUGUUCACCCUCGUUGAUAGAAUGUUUCUAGUGUACAACGAGGAGACUGGUCGGUUCCAAACUGGCAGACACUAUCCAACGUUGAUCCUGGUCAGUUUAUCCGCGGUGGAUGAUACCAAGGUGAAGCUGGAGGCCGUGGGGAUGCCCAGCGUGAUCUUCGUGGUGCCAAAGUGGCUGGAAAACGCUUCUGAAGCCGUUCAAUGCACCAUGUGGUGGGGAGAGUCGGUGAAGUGUAUCGAUUGUGGCCCAGAACCAGCUGAGUGGUUAUCAAGAUUUCUGACUGGAACAAAUUCUGGCCUGAGACUAGGAUGUACAUUGAUGGACAGGAGAAACGUUUUCGUUCCGCCAUGGAAAAAAUUCACCGAUGUGUACCAAAACCUUAGAAACGAGGAUACUGGUUUGUUCAGUGACUUGGCCAGCUACAUGCUGAUGACCACAAGGUCUGUCGAGCAGUUGAACGAAAAAUUGGAGAGGCCAGUACCAACUCUACAAUUCCGUCCAAAUAUUCUGGUCUCCACGCAGAAACCGUUCGAAGAGGACAAUUGGGAGUGGAUUAAGAUUGGAGAACGAGUGGUUAUUCGAAACGUCAAGCCUUGUUCACGGUGUAAAAUGGUUCGUCUGAAUCCAGAAAAUGGUGUGGUGGACAAGGAGGAGCCUUUGAAGACGCUGAAAACUUUCAGAGAGCAAACCAAUCCAGAACGUGCUGCACUCGAGGGAAACGCGCCAACGAUGGGCAUUUACUGCGGAUUAUACGUUCCUGGGAAGGUGGAAAUCGGCGACGAAGUUUUCGUUCACUCGUCCAUCGAAUCGAAUCAUAGAGAAGCAGAGCCAGCUAAAUAGAAGAAAUCGAACUUUCCGCAGACAAUUAACCACGCUUCAAAAAGAUUGGCCUUUCCAUUCGAAGAUAGCUGAAUAUUUCACGCGUAAAAAAAAUGUCGAUGUGUGUUCAUUCUUUUAAAGAAAAAAAAAAAAAAAGAAAACAAAAAGACAGAAAGAUAGUAUUUUGAGACGAGCAAUUUAAUUCAAUAAAAAUUCCUGAACGAUUCAGGACGUUUUUCAAGACAAUAUUACGCGCGAUUUGUACAAUCGAUUAUCGUUGAAUUGAGACUAUGCAAUCGUUGUACUGUACAACGGGUGUCCUAGAAUGUGUCACAUAGUUUGGAGGAAAUGUUUCU